AUGGCAACAACUAACGAAUUUGGCCCUGAUUCUGGUGGUAGAAUUAAGGUACUAAUCUUCUUCAAAUAGAGUGAAAAGUUCGCUUCGAAUACUUUUGUAUUUCUAACCCAUACACAUUGAACAGAGUAGCAGACAAAUGUAAUAUAAUAAUAACAAUAACAACAAUUAAUCAAUUAAUGUUUCUUGUAAUGUUGGAAAGCAGUGAAUAAUAGUCGUUUAAAUUUUGCUGGAUGUACUUGCAGGGAGUUACGAUAGUGAAGCCAAUUGUGUAUGGCAAUGUAGCUCGCUACUUUGGUAAAAAAAGAGAAGAAGAUGGUCAUACUCACCAAUGGACAGUUUACGUUAAACCGUACCACAAUGAGGACAUGUCCACAUACGUGAAGAAAGUUCACUUCAAGUUACAUGAAAGUUACAACAAUCCAAAUCGUAUUAUGACGAAACCACCAUAUGAACUUACUGAAACCGGCUGGGGAGAAUUUGAGAUUGUAAUUAAGAUAUAUUUUCAUGAUCCUAAUGAACGUCCUGUAACUAUAUACCAUAUAUUGAAGCUAUUCCAAACAACACCAGAGAUACAACUGGGAAAGAAAAGUUUGGUAUCGGAAUUUUAUGAAGAGAUAGUUUUCCAGGAUCCAACGGCUUUGAUGCAGCAUCUACUGAAUUCUAGUAGGCCUAUAACUCUUGUUGAAGCAAAAAAGGAAUCUACAAUGAAAGCAGUAAUAGAAGCAAGAAACAAAAUAAGACUGGAAGUCAUAGAUCUUAAGGAGAAAUUGACAUUAGCGAAGGAAACAAUUGCUAAAUUUAAGGAAGAAAUUGCCAAGAUCUCUAAAGCUGGAAGCUUGUCUGUUGCGUGA